AACUAUCAUGUAUGUCUUGUUGGCUGGCUAUUGUUCUUCUUCGCCUUCCCUCCACUAAAACUAUCCCCAGAGCCAGAGCCAGAGCUAGAACCAGAAACGAAACCGAUAAAAUAGUAUGCUAGUUGGGUGGGGUUGUCUGGCUUAACACAGAGACAGACAGAUCUUAGAUAGUCUCUCAGUAAAGCAAGCAAUCAGUCAAAUAUUAUCUACAAACAAACAUGCUUCUUCUUCCGGUUCCAGUACCAGUACCAGGGUCGACUCGCUUCCCUUCCUUUCAAUUGGCUUCUCCAAUACUCAUCCGUCACCACCACCACCACCACCACCAUAUGUUCCAUUUGUGGUCUCUGUCCGCUGCCGUUACCAACUCAUCCCAAGCCCAUCUACCCCCAAUUCCAUCCUCAACCUCAACCUCAACCUCAAACUCAAGACGGCGCUCUUUUGACGACGACCAAGCUGCCGUUUCCCGCUAUGACUUCAGCCCCCUCCUCACCUUCCUCGCCGCCAAGUCAAUGCCAAUGUCAUCUUCCGCCUCCUCCCCAACCUCACUCGACCCAGCCGAGUUCCAGCUGGCCGAGUCGUACCGGGCCGUGCCCGCCCCACUCUGGCACUCCCUCCUCAAAUCUCUCUGCUCCUCCUCCUCCUCCGACAUACAACUAGCCUACGCCGUCGUUUCCUGGCUCCAAAAGCACAACCUCUGCUUCUCCUACGAACUCCUCUACUCCAUCCUCAUCCACGCCCUCGGCCGCUCCGAGAAACUCUACGAGGCUUUCUUGCUCUCCCAGCGACAAUCCUUAACACCGCUCACCUACAAUGCUCUCAUCGGCGCCUGUGCCCGCAACGGCGACCUCGAGAAGGCCCUCCAUUUGAUGUCCCGCAUGCGCCAAGACGGUUAUCGCUCCGACUUCGUCAAUUACAGCUUGAUCAUUCAAUCCCUCUCCCGCUCUAACAAGAUUGAUUCCCCCAUUAUGCUCAAGCUCUACCGGGAGAUUGAGUCCGAGAGCAUUGAGAUUGAUGGCCAGCUCUACAACGACAUCAUUGCUGGUUUCGCAAAAGCCGGUGAGCCCACGCAGGCUAUGCAUCUGCUCGCCAUGGUCCAGGCCACUGGCUUGAGCCCCAAAACCGCCACUCUGGUUGCCCUCAUCUCCGCCCUGGGGAAUUGCGGUAGGGUGGUUGAAGCCGAAGCUAUCUUUGAGGAGAUGAAAGAAGGAGGAUUGCAGCCCAGGACCAGGGCUUACAAUGCCCUGCUCAAAGGCUAUGUAAAGGCUGCUCAAUUGAAAGACGCCGAAUCCAUCGUUUCCCAGAUGGAGAAGAGCGGCAUUUCACCCGAUGAGCACACAUACAGCCUGCUCAUUGAUGCCUAUGCGAAUGCGGGAAGGUGGGAAAGCGCAAGAAUUGUGCUGAAAGAGAUGGAAGCCGGCAAUGUGCAGCCUAAUUCCUAUGUUUUCAGUAGGAUCUUAGCGAGCUACCGUGAUAGAGGAGAGUGGCAAAAGUCGUUCCAAGUAUUGAGGGAGAUGAAGAGCAGCGGGGUAAGACCCGACAGGCAUUUUUACAAUGUCAUGAUUGACACAUUUGGAAAGUCCAACUGUCUUGAUCAUGUUAUGGCUACCUUUGAAAGGAUGCUAUCCGAGGGAAUUCAACCCGACACUGUCACCUGGAAUACGCUUAUAGAUUGUCAUUGCAAGUCAGGCCACCAUAAAAGAGCAGAGGAAUUAUUUGAGGAAAUGCACCAAAGUGGGUGCGCCCCUUGCGCCACCACCUAUAACAUCAUGAUAAAUUCCUUUGGGGAGCAGCAGAGAUGGGUUGAGGUGAAGGGCUUGUUGGGGAAGAUGCAGGCUCAGGGUUUACUGCCCAACAUAGUUACCUAUACCACCCUAGUUGAUAUUUAUGGAAAGUCGGGGAGAUUUAAUGAUGCAAUAGAGUGCUUGGAGGUCAUGAAGUCUGCAGGCUUGAAACCAUCCCCGACUAUGUACAAUGCCUUAAUUAAUGCCUAUGCACAAAGAGGUUUGUCUGAGCAAGCACUGAACGCAUUUAGGGUCAUGAGAGCAGAUGGCUUAAAACCCAGUCUCUUAGCUCUCAAUUCAUUAAUCAAUGCAUUUGGAGAAGAUAGAAGGGAUGCUGAGGCCUUUUCUGUGUUGCAGUACAUGAAGGAAAAUGACCUGAAACCAGAUGUAGUUACAUAUACUACGCUUAUGAAAACCCUUAUCCGUGUUGAUAAAUUUUACAAGGUUCCAGCUGUGUAUGAAGAAAUGAUUCUGUCUAGAUGCACUCCAGAUAGGAAAGCCAGGGCAAUGUUGCGGUCUGCUCUGAAAUACAUGAAACAGACACUGAGAUGAUGAAUGAUAUGAUUUGAGUCGUAUCAUAUAGCCAAAUUUACUUGUGUUCUCCUUAUCAUGCUUGAUCUAGUCAGGUCUCAUAUGAAGGAACCAAGAUUUAGGCUGGCCAUCAUGCAAUGGAAUUCAACCUCAAGGACGAUCAUGUUCCAGAGUUUGGGAAGAAAGAGACCUGCCACACCCUCUUAACAAACACGAGAACAGUUGAAGAAACAAC